GAGCUGGCUGCGUUGCGGUGGUAUAAAUAGUGACGCGGCACGGGGAUAACGUCUGUUUCAGGUUUUCAGUGGCAGCUCGGUCUUUUGUGGUGGACUUUCUCUCUUCUUCUCAGACUUUGUGUCUCAUGGACAAACACUUCGUAAAUGCUUUGUCCGAAUCAUAACUCUAGGAAGGUACACUCUGGCUACUCUGUAGGCCCUGGCCUUGAGUCAUAUUUGAAGGGGUUUAACUUUACUGGUGAACCCCCUUGGCUUCUCUGCACCUGAACAAGCAGAACAGACAAGUUUAAGUUCUUAUAGUCGUUUUGUUUCUGAAUGACCAUGGCAACUGCGUGUCCUACUGAAUUUGAAUUCCUAGAAGAGGGUUUCACUGCCCGGGAUAUUGUUGAGCAGAAGAUUAAUGAAUCAUCAAUGACGGAUGAUAGAGAUGCCUUCUAUGUCUGUGACUUAGGAGAUGUGCUCAAAAAACACCUGCGCUGGGUAAGGGCUCUGCCUCGUGUUACUCCCUUCUAUGCUGUGAAGUGCAAUGACAGCCGCAUGGUAGUCUCCACACUGGCGUCCCUGGGAACUGGAUUUGACUGUGCCAGCAAGACAGAAAUUCAGCUGAUUCAGUCUCUAAAUGUGGAUCCAAGCAGAAUUAUCUACGCCAAUCCCUGCAAGCAGGUUUCUCAGAUCAAGUAUGCUUCUGCCCAUGGGGUCCAGAUGAUGACGUUUGACAGUGAGGUGGAACUGAUGAAAGUGGCCAGAUGCCACGAUAAUGCAAAACUCGUGUUGCGCAUCGCCACAGAUGACUCUAAAUCGGUGUGUCGGCUGAGUAUAAAGUUUGGGGCCCAACUUAAGGCUUGUCGAGGUCUUCUGGAGCGAGCAAAAGAACUAGGGUUGGAUGUGAUUGGUGUCAGCUUUCAUGUUGGCAGUGGUUGUACUGACCCGCAGACAUACAUGCAGGCCAUUGCUGAUGCUCGCUGUGUUUUUCACAUGGGUAAUGAGGUUGGCUUCAAAAUGGAUCUCCUGGACAUUGGUGGAGGUUUUCCUGGAUCUGAUGAUGCUGCUCUGAAGUUUGAAGAGAUCACAGCCGUCAUCAACACUGCCCUGGACAAGUAUUUUCCUGUCGAUGCUGGUGUAAAAAUCAUUGCUGAGCCUGGGCGAUUUUAUGUAGCAUCUGCUUACACACUGGUUGUCAACAUUAUUGCCAAGAAGGUCAUUAUGCACUCUGAGUCAUCCUCUGAUGAUGAUGAAGAAGACGAGACCAACGACAAGUCUUUGAUGUACUAUGUCAAUGAUGGAGUGUACGGGUCGUUCAACUGUAUACUUUAUGACCAUGCUCAUUGUUUUCCAAUACUGCAUAAGAAACCAAAGCCAGAUGAAGCCAUGUACCCUUGCAGUAUCUGGGGUCCAACUUGUGAUGGACUUGAUCGCAUUGUUGAACAGUGUUACCUUCCAGACAUGCAAGUUGGUGAUUGGCUGGUCUUUGAAAACAUGGGUGCUUACACAGUGGCUGCCUCUUCAACUUUCAAUGGAUUCCAAAGACCUGAAAUUUCUUAUGUCAUGUCUCGAAUGGCUUGGCAACACAUGCAGCAGAUUCGUCUCCAGGGAAUCCCAGCACCACUGGAUGAUUUGCGCUUAGCAGAUGUUUCAUCCUGGUGCGGACAAGAGAAGGGCAUUGAAAUGCCUACCAAAACCUGUCAGGCUCAUGUGGCUUAAAUUAAUGCAUUUCAUAAUAUCUCACACUCUUACUUACAGUCAGAUGGCUCUUUUUUUUGAGUUUCUUUUCCCUCCUUCUCCACAAAUGUAUGCAAAGGAGAGAAGCCAGUUCCAUGAUUGGGGGUUGUGUUGCUGUGCAAGAUUUCCCAGUUUCUCUACCAAAUCCAUAUAUUGACCUUCAAUAAAAUGUAGCUAAAGCUGAGGACACACUAAUAUAUAUUUUUUUGUUUGUUUCAAAGUUUAUGCCAGAUUUGUUUUAGGGUGGUGAGGGUAUAAAUUCACAAACCUUUUUUAAAGCUGAUUCUGAAAAUAGCCAUGUAGUUGCUGGUUUACCAACCAGUUUGUUUAUUAUGUACAAGUGUCACCUUCACAAGGAAGUGAUGCAAUUGAGUUGGCCUUAGUUGAUAUGGCAUCAUGCUAGUGUGUGAACUCUCUUCUAACACAGUUACUAGAGUGUGUUUUCAUUCAUACAGAAAUCUGCUGAAACCAGUUCAUUAGUGUGCCUCUGGCUUUUUGUUUUUGUUUUUUGAAAAUGGUAGACUGAAGGUUGUGAAGCAGUGUGGCUAGUUGGCACAAAAAUGCAUUAGUGUGAGAGAGGAAGGGUUGAAUCGGCAAAUGUUUGAGGUCUACGGGCCUGAUCUCACCUCUGGAGUUUGUUGCUUUCACAGUGCUUCUGUUGGUUUGAAUGAAAGUGUGUGGUCUUGUAAUACACAAUCCCUAGUCUUUGAUUAAUUGUACAAAAAAAAGACUUAGUCUUUAAACUAACUUUAAAGACUUAGUCUUUUUAAAGACUUAGUCUUUAAACUAACUGUAAGAUGUAGAGUAGUGUGUCCCUAGCUUUAGUCCCACUCUUUAUUUUACAGGGCAUUAUACUAAAGAUAACUCUUAUAAGGGAACAUUUGCUUUUCAAAAUAAAUCACGAUAGAACAAGUAGUGCAAAGGUGUUAAUACAUUAAUAUUGAAUUGGUGACCUAUACCUUGACUAGCUGAAGUCCCCACCUUGCGACCUGCAACGAGAUAAUACAAUGGGUAACUAAACCUUCAAAUUGCUGCUAUUAAAUAUAAUAAUUUCCACAAUCCCCCACACUUUUUGACAAAAUAUAGUGUUAAUUCAUGAUAGGCUAAAGCUUCAUAAAGGUUUUUGUUUUUUUUCUUCCUGUUGUGGUACCUGAUAUAUAAUAAUACUUGAGCAUUUUAUACAUCUCCAAAUGUUUCCUUUGAUUUUGGACUGUUUCACAAAGAUUUGUAUGUUUAGGACAUAGCAUGUGUUAGGACACUAACUUGUCAUAUUUAUUUCUCACUUUCUUUCUCAGAGGACAAUGAAAGUGCCAUGAACAGCAACAUAUUUAAGAUUAACAUUUUAAUUGCAGAGUCUUAGGACUUAACCCUUUUUUUCUUUCUUAUCAAAUUAUCAUUGUCUUUUGCUAUUAUACCUUCCAAAAUACAAGAAGUGUAACAAUGUGUUUGUCAAACAUUACAAAUAGAUAGAUGGAAUUGCAUUAACUUUUCCUGUGGAAAUGUACACGUUUUGUAUUUUUUUUAAUAAAUAAAAUAUAGGAAAAGCA